AACGCGUUGCACCCGCCUGGAAAACCGUAAGUACUUUUCACACCUUUUCACUCAUAUUUUCAAAUGUAUUAUGAUGAUGUUGAUUUGGCUGCAUCAAGAGCAUGGAGCAUGUUGAGUUGUUGUGUCACUUCCAGAGGACUACACUGUACUCCUGUUGUGUACUAAAGUAGAGAUGCAUAUUAAAAAAAAAGUCCUGUCCAUCAAAAGGAGUUUUCAAUUUCUCACCCUAAAUAUGAAUUAUCGUCAUAUUUGUUCAUUUAAUGAGUAAAAUGAGCCGUGGAGAAAAAAAAAAUCAAAAAUCUCAACCUUCUUUGGCCUCCACCUUGUACCUCUAAUUAGAAUUACAAAGUAGCAAAACAACUCAUUGGAGACAGAAUGACUGUCAGUCGUUUGCGGUGUACUUGUGGGCACCCACCCCCAGCCCCCACCCCUCACCCCCUAAUGCCUUGUUGCUCCCUCGAGCUUCGGGAGGUUUGCUGAAACUAUCACUGAAUAUCCAACUUCAGUUAUCAACAUUAAAUAGGCUACAUUCAAAGCCAAGUGUAGAUUCCUGAAAAAUCCGAGUAGGCGCACAGUAGCCAAGUAUUUGUACUCCAUGACUUCUUACCAAUGUCACUUGGUUGAUUAUUUGUAUUUUAGAGCGGACAAAAUCCUGGCUGAUACGUAAUGGAACGAUCCCACGACCAGCAGGUGCCUCGCAGUCUCCGUGUGCAAGCAAAAAGUCCCCAAACUUCAUUUUCCUCAUCUCAGUUCAUACAGAAGACGGUGGAAAAGAGGAGAAUUUGUGAGAGGUCAUCAAACGACAGGCGGAGAAAGUUGAUUAAGUCCAACCUGGCUGUUGACACUGAAGAACUUUUCCAGGACCUGAGUCGACUGCAGGAGACCUGGCUGGCAGAAGCUCAAGUUCCCGACAAUGACGAGCAGUUUGUCCCAGACUUCCAGACUGAAAACUUGGCGUUUCACGGACUGCAGCUGAAGAUCAAGAGGGAGCUGCACAGUCCGUGUUCCGAGCUGAUCUCCACCUGCAGCCAAGAGCGGCCCUUCAAGCUCCAGUAUGGAGAGAAGUGCCUGUACAAUGUCAGUGCCUACGAGCAGAAACAGCACGCAGGCAUGAAGCCCUCCAGUCCGGUGACGCCCCCCUGUAGCACCCCCGUGUCACCCCUUCAUCAUGCCGCUCCGACGCCCAAACCCGAGCGGACCUACGCCCACGCUCCGCCUUCCUUACCCGAUGCCGCUUACGCCAUGGACCACAGAUUCUGCCGUCAGCUUUCUGAGCCGUGCCACUCGUUCCCGUCCCCGCCGACCAUGUCCCGGGAUGCCCGGCCCCUGUACCAGCGUCAGAUGUCUGAGCCCAGCAUCCCCUUCCCUCCUCAAGGCUUUAAGCAGGAGUACCCCGACCCGCUAUUCGAACCCCAUCCCGCCAUGAUGGGCGCCCCGUUGUCCCACAUGUACCCCGCCGCCAUGAUGAUCAAACAGGAGCCCCGGGACUUCAACUACGACUCAGCGGAGGUGCCCAGUUGCCAUUCGGUCUACCUGCGCCAAGAUGGCUACCUGGCCCACGCCAACAGGACUGAAGGUUGCAUGUUUGACAAAGUGGCCAGGCACUUUUAUGAUGACACCUGCGUGGUGCCUGAGAAAGUGGAAGGCGAAAUUAAACAGGAGGCGGGACUGUACCGUGAGGGUCCAUCCUACCAGCGGCGAGGGUCUCUUCAGCUGUGGCAGUUCCUGGUGGCGCUUCUGGAUGACCCGGCCAAUUCGCACUUCAUUGCCUGGACAGGCCGCGGCAUGGAAUUCAAGCUCAUUGAACCUGAGGAGGUGGCACGCCGAUGGGGUAUCCAAAAGAACCGACCGGCCAUGAACUACGACAAGCUGAGUCGGUCGCUGCGCUACUACUAUGAGAAGGGAAUCAUGCAGAAGGUGGCGGGCGAGAGAUACGUCUACAAGUUUGUGUGCGACCCGGAGGCCUUGUUCUCGAUGGCAUUUCCCGACAACCAGCGUCCGGUCCUCAAGAGCGAUGUGGAGCGUCACGUCAACGAGGAGGACACGGUGCCCCUGUCGCACUUUGACGAGAGCGCCCCCUAUGCUCAGGAGACGUCCUACUGCCAGCCGCACCCCUACAGCGAGGCCUACGUCUACUAGACCGAGGGACGAAGAUCCAACACAAAGAGAAACACUUGCUCCCUUCUUUUUGUUUGACGCGGGUAUUUCAGGGCCGUCCUUGAGAUUUUUCCAAUUGCGACAACAUUUGAACUACCUACAGUGAAAUGGAAAGAUUCAAUGUGAAACAUUUAUCUUGGCCGGAGUGUACUUUAAGUCUUUAAAUUCAGCCCCAAAGCCAGUUUGACUUAGCAGAUGGAAAUUUGGAAAAACAAAAAAGUCUCAACAAGACGUCCAAAAAAGGACACAGGAAGUCAGCCGUUUUGUUUUCAAGCGGCCAUUUUAGGCUCAUUUCAGGGGUCCUUCAAAGACUAACCUGUCCGAAAGAUUUGGACCUACUGCUGCUAAAAUUCAGGCCACAAAAAAAAAAAUCUCAAAAAAUACAUGCCUGAAAAUGCACAAAAAGUCAGCCAUUUUGGUUUGAUAGGAAGUCAGUCAUUUCCAGAGGUCCUUUGAAGACUUAACCUGUCCUAGAGAAAUGACCAAUUCAGUAGACUAUUAACAGGACGCACAAAAAUGUCUCAAAGACCCCCAAAUUAACCACUUGAAUUCAAAGCAGCCAAUUUUAAGGAGAAUUCCAUCAAAAAGAGGAGUUGAAAGUGGCACCGGUUCCCCUUACUGACACAUAACUGGGUAGAAAAGUCCCAAGAGCCCAUAGUUGAAACUGAACGGCAAGUCAGCCAUUUUGGUUUGAAGCAGUCAUUUUUGGGGGAAAUUCCAGGACUCAUACUGUCUUCAACUAUGGAAUUUGCCCAAAUGAGCUCCAAUCCAAAACUAGUAGGCAACCCUGGACAGUUAAGCGAUACUAAA